GGAUGUUAGUGGUGGUACGAUGUGGACGAUGGUCUGAUGCGUAAAUUCUUCAAAAUGAAAAUGAAAUCUAUGUGGAUUAGAUUUUGUUUUAUUGCAUUAAAUUUUUUGAUAAAUAUGACAGAAGGAAAUAGUGGUAAACGAGCAACUCUGAACCUGACCAGCUUAUGCAAAGAUGAAGCGUUCUUUGGAGUUUCCGAGAACCUUAUAGGCAACAAAUGUACUAUAACUUUUAAUCUCAGUCAAAACAGGUCAAACCCUUUGCCUGUGGUUUACAGAUUUUUUCUAAACAGUAGUGUGUUCAGAGUUCCUUUAGACACUGCACCUCCAACAAAGACUUUAUACAAUGUAGUUUUGACAUGUAUUUUAUACAAACCUAUACCUUACAUCACAACUGAAUUAACAGGAGAAUGCCUGAAGGAUCAGAAUGUUGGCACUACACCUGAGUCAGAAGUGAUUUAUAAACCACGCACAAUUUUCUCUUCCUCUGUGCAGGACAUUGUUUUGGGCAUUGUGUUUAGUGUUUUUGCAUUAUCGAUUGUGUUUGUGACUGUGUAUUAUCAGUACCGGAGGUACCGGCGACGGCGGAGAAUGCAGCAGUACCUCAGUACUCCCCACACAGAUCCAUUUGAGCGACUACAGGAUCAUAUGGAGGAAUGAAACACCCAACACUAUAGAAUGAGAGAGUCCCAGUUAGAACCAUUUUAACAAUAGCUUGAACUUUGGGUAGUUGUGUCAAACAGCAUUGUGAGGUUGACCUGUCUAUUCCAUUGUUGGCCACUUGGUCAUUGCUCUUUGAAAUUGACAAGAUUUGUCGUGCUAAUGAGUUAUGUAUACACAACCAGUGCAUUAAUGUAUUUCACUUGAGGCCAGCGUCAUUUUUCACUUGUUUUGAGGCCAGAAAGAUAGUUACAUCUUACAGAAAGUCCAAGGUCUUGUUAAAAUGGUUCUCAAUCCUCCAUAAGAGAUCCAGCAUAAUGAGUGUUUAUGCUUAUUUACAGCAUAUGGUAUAUAUAGUCUUUCACUGUUAUUAAUAGGUGUGAUAUAUAUGUGUUCUUGUAUAAUAAUUUUGUAUUUGAUUCCAUCAUGUAGCGGUACAGAUGUAUGUUGUUUCAUGUAGAAUUUGAAUUGAUAACAAACCUUUCAAAAUGUUAUGGUUUUUAAAUCAACAUACAAGCAAUGAGCUUUGACUUAACUUGCAUGUAUAAUGUAUUUGCAAGGACAAAAUAUUUAUCACAUGGUCUCUGUAUUUCUAACAAGCAUACACAUCUAUGUUUUGAAGUUGAAUAUGUUAUUAUGUAUAAUGAUGGUAUGUAUCUAGCAUCUUUUAGAAGAUUUUUUUCCUAAUCCAGAAAGUGAAUUUACAGUCUUUGUUUGUACAUGCUAAAUGAUAUUAUGUGAUUUUACCCGUUGUAUAUGACAUUGUUGAUGAGUUGAUACUUAGAUUACCUUUUUAAAAAAUGUUUGUCCCGUUCUCCUAUUUCAGUGUUAAAACAACUUUAGGUCAGUCGCUAGGGAAAUUAAAUUUUUGUUUAAAUUUUCUUAAAGAAGAAAAUGAGAGAAAUUUUUUUUGUAAACAGCUGGAUUUGAAAAAAAGAGUAUACCCCAGUAUUGAAUCCACAGACACAUGACAUUUCUGGUAUACAAUUACUAACAAUAAUGAAAAUAUACCCCCCACCCCCACCCCCAACUGAAAGGGUUGCAAAAUACGGUAAGUCAUUUACUGUGUUUUUGGCAUAAAAUCAGACUGAUGUUAUCAUUCAGCCAGAAAAAAAUCGAAGAGGAUUGUGAUGUGUAACUUGUGUAUUAUAAUGUAGGGGGGGUGGGGGGGGGGGGGGGGGGUUGGCAAUUCAAUAUUUUGUUUUUAUCAUGAGAAAAUUUUUAUGAAUGUCUGGUGCCUGCUUUAGAAAAAAAUUAUGAAUGUCUGGUGCCUGAUUUAGAUUCAGUUAAUUUUUUAUCAGUUGGUCAAGAAAGGUCUGACAUCCAAUUUUCAAAAGUUAGUCGAAUGUACAUAUUCAUAUAAUGUUUUAGUUAAACGUGUAUUGUUUUAGAUUCAACUCAUGCCUGGACUUUGCCAUUUUAUUUUAUUGUUGUAUAUGUAAUGAAUUUUUACAAGUAUCUUUAACUAGACCACCAGAUGCCCUAAUUAUUUAUUGAAUUUGUAUUCCAUAUGUAUGUGGUUAUUUACUAUUUGACUUAUAUGUCGAAGAUUACAGUGUAAAAGACAAAGUUCAACAGAUACUGUGUCUUUCUUAGAAGAAUAAGUUGCAAGGGAAUUUCCUUUUGAAUAUAAUUGGGAAUCUAAUGGAGUAGUUUUUAAUAAUAAAAAAAAAAAAUAGGAGACAAACUCAAAUCAUUUGACAUGUUCCCCCACUCUUUUCUUUCUAAAUAAAUGCUCAAGGCCACACCAAUUUGAUUUCUUGUUCGUCGGGCCCCCGAACACUCGUAUUUCAAUAAAUCUAUACAAAUAAUAUUAUUACUAAUUUCCCACAUCAAGGAUAUUUGUGCUGUUUUCUGUUUUAUUUCCGCUCUAUUCUUCGUAUUUUAGAUAAUUUUAGUCUAUAAUUCAGAAACAAGUAGAAAAAAAUUACAAUCAGCUCAUAUUUAUUCAUUUACCAUCUAAAAAUUUUGUCUACAAAAAAAAAAUUCUAUUAUUUAAUCGUUCGUUUGCUGGUACUGUCUUUCAUUAGAUGUCUGACGAACAAGAAAUUAUAUUGGUGUGGUCCAGUACCCAAAAGCAAUUGGUCCAGGUGAAGAAAUCCUUUGAAAAAAUUCAUUUUUUGAAAGUUUAAAACUAAGCUUAUUAGUUUUUACUAUUUUGUUAGAAAACCUUACCUUAGAUUUUACUUUAUUGAAUGACUAUAAUUUAUUUCCUCUGUAGGAGGGGCAUUAGGUGUUCAAGUAUUGAUAUGAAGCUGAACAAUUUUAAUUCAAUAGAAAUGUUGAUUUAGCCGUCCAUAUAGUUGCAAUGAAAAUGCUUCUGGAUACUGUAUAGUGGGUUAAUUUGGGAGGGGAGGUGCUCAGUUGGCUGCUGAUUUCAAAAUUGAGCUUAUUUAUACUUUAACAUUUAUAGUGAAGAAUUUGAAAUCCCCAACAUUAAACUUGUUAAACAAAUUGCAUGCUAAAAUCUUUGAAAGUCCCCAAAUUUUACACCUCCCAGUAUAAACCACUAUAAAGUAUUGUUUAGCAUAGGCAUAAUAAUUCCAUAACCUAUUUAUUCCCUUAUUGACAUUUAAGUCCAAAGUCUUCAGAGACAGUGUGAAAUUAUUUCCACCCUCUUACUACAACGAAUGACUGCAUAAUAUAGUUUUUAUACUUGAAAAAAUACAUUCCAUACAUAUAGCUUAAGGCAAAAAAGAUUUUAAAAUGUUUAGUUUCUUUGGGCAUUGCUGCAUUAUGUAAAUGCUGCUGUACAUGCAUUGUCAAAUGUUAUUGACAUGUUUUAAACGAGUUAUUCUCUUUUCAUUUCUUUGAUUGAGAACUAAGAAAUUAAUUUUUUUUGCCUUAUUACAGCUGGUAUGACCCAUGUCUUAUUUUAUUAAAAUAAUUCAUAGGUAUAAUUAUAUACGUAUACUGGUAUCUUCCAGCUUUUGUCAUAAAAUUAUUAGGCAAGCUUUUUAUUUCAUUCCCAUUCUAUUUUUUUUUUAUUAUUUAAGAUAUAUAAAUUAUGUGCAAGAUUAAUAGUUUAUAUUUUCCUUAGUAUGGCUUGAAAAUUGUAUAUCUCAUACAUUUACCCUCGCAAAGUAUUCACUCAUGUCAAAUGGCUGCAGAACUACCGGUAUUUAUCACCAAUUGUUAACACAUUAUUAUGAAAAAAUAAACAUUUUUUCAUUCCAUUUAUUAGAUAAACCAAGUCAUUUACUUGUAUUUUUGUUCAAAUAAUAUGAUUAUAUUACAGUUUUUCAAUUUUGGUUUACAGAAUGUUGAAUAGAAAAUUACAAAUUUAGUGACUGAACUUCAUAGAUGCAUUCUUUUCACUGAAAGUCUCAACCAUCUCACUCAGUCUUUUGCAAGUCAAAUAUUAGUUCUAGUUCUAGCCCUUUUCACUUGUCUUUCUUUCCAGGUCGUUUCACUAAUCAAUUAUUGAAUACCCUCUUUUGUUCUUCCAAUGGUUUGCAAGUGGCACUUUCCUUAUUUAUAAAGUCACCUGUUGAUAAAUCUCCUCUCUCCGGUUAGCAAAAGUCCUUACAAUGACAAGACAAGUACUUGCAUUUUUAUGAAGAGAUUGGCAUUGCAACUGUGAUUCAAUGGGUGGUUGUUUUUACUGGCAAUUGUCAUUUUGGGUACACAUAAUUAUACCAGUAAUAAAUGUAUUAAAUUAUGUAUGCUAAAAAUGUUGAUGAUAGUCCCGUAUAUCUAAUUUAUUUCACCCGUUGCCUCACAUUUUUGCAACAGUUAUGAUUUAUGAUUUUAGUGUGUUGUUUACAGUUGUAUUUCACACUGUUAAUAUGCCAAUGGUAUAUUAAAUAUUGGAUUCAUUAUAAUAUUAUAGUCAUUUAAAUGGUACUACUGAGUUUAUAAUACCAGUUAAGAGAGAGAGAGAGAGAGAGAGAGAAUUGUAUUUAACUUAGCUAGAUCAAUGAGUUUGCUUUAACUAAACAGUUAAAACAGGACUCAAGAUUUGUUGUAGUGUAUUUGGGAACAUUGAUUUAAUUGAAAAAAGUAUCCGAAAAUUGCUGAAAGUCGAUAAAGCAUGCGAGUUUGUGUAAUGUCGACCAUGACAAGAUGAUUUGUAUGUGGUAGCAUAAACCCACUUCAAGAUAAAGAGAGUUACACAGGGUAAUACGAUAUUUCAAUAUUGAUUUGGUGGUCAAUUUUUAAACCUUUGUUGACACUGUCCUGACUUUAGAGAAAACUUAAGGGAGAACACUAGACUUUGGUCCCAAUCACGGAUAUUGAAGCUGUGCGCGGAUCUAGAGGAGCGGAGGGGGUCCUAACCCCUAAAAAAUUAAAAAUAUUAAAUUCACAUAGUUUUAUUAUUGCAAAUAUGCCUCGGACCCUCAACCCCACCUCCGUC